AUGAUCUUCUGGAAGUUGGCUUGCCGUGGAGCCUAUGUGAAAUCCAUUGAAUUGCUUGUUGAGCUUGCUACACUGCAGACUUCAUUUUUAACCCUUGACGAUGCAAUAAAGACCACAAAUCGUAGGGUCAAUGCCCUGGAGAACGUUGUGAAGCCUCGGCUGGAGAAUACAAUUAGUUACAUCAAGGGAGAGCUAGAUGAAUUGGAAAGAGAGGAUUUCUUCAAGCUGAAGAAGAUACAAGGUUACAAGAGGAGAGAGCUCGAGAGACAACAUUUGUCUGCCAAGGCAUUUGCAAAGGAGAAGAUGGCCGAGGAAAUUUCUUUGAAGAAGGGUAUCCCUAUUGGUUCAGCACAUAACAGGUUGUCCCAGGCUGCACAGAAGGAUGAAUACGUAUAUAGUGAGACAUGA